AUGUUUGUAGCUCAUAAAAUGCCUGGACCCCUCGGCUUCGUCCGCUCUUUCUUUUGCCCUGCACGAAUCACCCCUCGUCUUGCACUCAUCUAUCUCCUUGUGUUUCUCUCAAUUCUCACAUUGGGAUUCAACAUGCAUUUCAAGUCUUAUGUAACGGCCGCCCUGUAUGGGCUGCCUGCUUUGACGUCUGCCGCGCCAUCCCCUUCCUCCUCGGCUUCCACCUCCUCGCCCUCCGCCGGACCUGAGGCCGAUCACUUCAAAACCUACACCAUCAAAGCGGAAAACAUCACUGCCCAGCUGAUUCCGUAUGGAGCGCGUCUGACCUCUUUGCUAGUACCUGACCGCAAUGGGAAGGUACAAGAUGUGGUCGUGGGCUACGAUGACCCCAAGGAAUAUCUUCAUGAUAGUGAAACCAACCGCACUUUCUUUGGUGCGGUUGUCGGUCGCUAUGCCAACCGCAUUAAGAACGGUACUUUCACCAUUGAUGAGAACACCUACCACGUUCCUGAGAAUGAGAACGAUGGCAAGGAUACUCUCCAUGGUGGCUUCACUGGCUAUGAUAUGCAAAAUUGGACAGUCACCGCACACACCGAUUCUGCCAUCACUUUCACUCUGCUUGAUCAAGGCUUUGAGAAGUUCCCUGGCGAUGUCAUCACCCAUGCUACCUUCAGCGUUUCUACCGAGAAGAGCGCUGCCAACCCGAAGGGCCUUCCUCAGCUCACUUCGAAGAUUGUGGCUCUUGCUCUCACGGAGAAGACUCCCAUCAUGCUUUCCAACCACAUCUACUGGAACCUGAACGCGUUCAAGGAGUCCACGGUGCUAAAUGAUACCAGCUUGCAGCUGCCUCUUUCCCGCCGUUUCGUUGGUGGGGAUAGCAUUCUUAUUCCCAAUGGCACAAUCCAUGACGUCGAAACCUCCUUCCAGGGUGCCCUCGACUUCACUAGCUCCAAGCUCAUUGGCGAAGACAUUGAUAAGACCACCGGUCUCUGUGGAGCCGGCUGCACGGGCUAUGAUACCUGCUUCCUUGUCGACCGCCCCUCCACAAACUCCGCUGAUUCAAUGAGCACUGCCCUGCGUGCAUCAUCGAGCACCACCGGUAUCACCCUCGAGGUUGCCACCAACCAGGCUGCCCUCCAGAUCUACACCUGCAGUGGCCAAAACGGGUAUAUCGGCACCAAGGAGUCACAGGCCAAGCGCAACAAGGCCGAUGGCGGUGACGCUGGUGCCACCCAUGUCAACAAGUACGGUUGCUUCGUCAUUGAGACCGAGGAUUGGAUUGAUGGUAUCAACCAACCCCAGUGGGGACGUCUCCCUUACCAGGUCUUCGGCCCUGAAGAUGGCCCUGCUGUAAACUGGGCUACCUACCAGUUUGGUACUGAUUAG